AUGCCUCAGAAAAUCGUGAUUAUCGGUACUGGAUUUGCCGGAGUAUGGAGCGCACUCUCAGCAAAACGCCUACUCAAGCUCGCGGACAAGGAGAAGGAGAUUGAGGUGACCGUCAUCUCCCCUGAACCAACCUUGGUCAUGCGUCCUCGACUCUAUGAAUCCAAGGCCUCCACUUUGGUUCAUCCUCUCAAGACACUUUUUGAUGAAGCACACAUCGAGUUCAUUCCUGGUCUCGCCGAGGCCAUCCAUACCGAAGAACGCACUGUCGAUGUCAAAUAUGUUUCCGGUAUCGAAAUGACCAUCCGUUACGACUGCCUCAUUCUCGCCGCCGGGAGCUACGUGAAUCGUCCCGAAGGUGUGACAGGACUUGAGGAAUAUGCCUUCGAUAUCGAUUCUCUCGAAGGUGCUACCAAGCUAGAAACACACCUUGAGGGGCUUGGUGCAUUCCCCGCGAGCCUAGGUCGUGAUACCGUGGUUGUGUGCGGUGCUGGGUUCACAGGCAUCGAGAUCGCAGCCGAGCUGCCGCGACGACUUGGUCACAUUGCUAAUGCGCGCGUCAUUCUCGUCGGAAAUGCGGAUGAGGUUGCGCCCGACUUUGGAUCUGACCCGCGUCUAGCAAUUGCAUCAGCAUUGACAGACCUCGGCGUCGAGUUCAAGCUCGGGUCAGGAGUUUCGGCCGUUGAUUCGGAGGGGGUAACUCUGGCGACUGGAGAGCGUAUCGAAACAAAGACAGCGAUCUGGACUGCUGGAGUGAGGGCCACGCCCCUGACAGCGCAAAUCCCAGGCAGGAAGGAUUCUUUGGCGCGUCUCUAUGUUGAUCAAUAUCUUCGGGUCUCGUCUGCAAACGAUGUCCUUGCCACAGGUGAUGCCGCCUGUGCAGUUGCCGACGGUAACAGCCAGUACGCAUUAAUGAGCUGUCAGCAUGCAAACCAACUCGGUCGUGUAUCAGGUUACAAUGCCGCAGCUAUGCUCCUGGGUAAGCCUCUCAUGGAAUACUCGCAGGCUGAAUACAACUGCUGCCUUGAUCUCGGGUCUUGGGGUGCGCUGGUUGCCAGUGGCUGGAACAGGGACGGCAUCAAGCUUUCGGGGGACAUAGCGAAGCGAGUGAAGUCCUAUAUCAACCAAAAGUUGAUAUAUCCGCCGGACAAUAUUCAAGAAGCUCUUAGAUUGGCUGAUCCUGUUACUUUGGAUUCUGAUAGGUUGUUUGAAGAGCUAGCUCAAGUGGCCGGAUGA